AUGGAGACGUGAAUCCCAUAACGUAUCCUCGCGAAUUCAUCGACUCGAGUGCUUCGGGCCUCCAAUUCUUUUUAAACCACCAUGGCAACUGCACUACCGCGAUUACGAGGGCCUAAUGACCCCCCGGCGAAUUCUCUGCCGGCUUUGCCCAUGUCAAAAAGUCGGAAGAGCACUGGCGGAAUCGUAAGCCCGACCAGAACACCGAGAAGUGGACUACGGGCGCCAUCCGCAGCGUCCAUACAUAGCGGGCCUCCUCUGUCCCCAGCGCCCACUGGCGCACUUCCAAUUCCGAAAGGUGCUGGAAUUAAUAAUGCUGGGAGGUCCAUCCGAAAAACUGUUAGCAUUAAUUCAUUCCCUCAGCCCCCAAGUCGGGCAGGAAGUCUCCCCCCGAGCCCGCUGUCCGGGUCCAUCACACCAGUCAGAAGAGCUCGGACCCCUCAGGCGACGACCAAAGCUGGGCUUCAAUCUGGUGGAACGCCAAGCCUGCUGAAUGGAGGUGGAGAGGGCAAAUCACUGCUAGGCGGGGCGGGCACGAGACACUCGGACGGAUUGAUUAGUAUAGCCUCUCCGCCCCAAAGUCGUAGCUCUUCGGCGCAAGAUUCCUAUUCAACGUCGGCGACUACGUACGACGAUCCUUCGGAAAUGAAUGGGACCAGCACCAAAGACCGGCGUGCUUCUAAGGGUUUAGAUGGUAAAGGCAAUGUUCUGGUCAGCGUUCGCGUAAGACCAGAUGCUGGUGGCAGUAAUGGUCAAACGGAGGGGGAAUGGAUGGUUGAUGGUCGAAAGUCAUUGGUCGCGUAUCGCGGGCGCGAAGGGGGAGAUAAUUACUACGAUAAUGUUUUUACGACUCACGACGACAACAGCCGUGUAUAUGACCACAUUGCGAAGCGCCUAGUCCGCCGAGUCAUGGAAGGUUAUCAUGGAACGGUAUUUGCAUAUGGUAUGACGGGAACAGGCAAGACAUUCUCCAUGCAAGGCACUGCCUCAUCACCCGGUGUGAUCCCACUCGCUAUCACCGACAUAUUUUCAUACAUUCGUGAGACACCGUCUAGAGAGUUCUUGCUUCGGGUGAGCUACCUCGAAAUUUACAAUGAGAGGAUACACGAUCUUCUUAGUAUGCCAACAGCCAAUGCCACUGGGACUGGCAGUGCUCAAGAAGAGAUUAAGCUGAGAGAAGACAGCAAACGAGGUGUCUAUGCGACCCCCCUGAAAGAAGAAAUCGUGCAAAGCCCCACGCAGCUGCUACGUGUGAUUGCUCGUGGUGACCAAGCCCGACGGACUGCAAGCACACAGUUCAACGCCAGAAGUUCUCGAAGUCAUGCAGUUGUGCAGAUUGUGGUAGAAAGUAGAGAGCGGUUACCAGGAAUCGCGGGGGCCGAUGGGAAACGAUCGGGAAUGGUUCCAGGCGGUGUUCGUGUUUCCACAUUAAGUCUGAUCGAUCUAGCUGGCUCGGAAAAAGCCGCCGAAUCGAAGGAACGCCGGCAAGAAGGGUCUCAUAUCAACAAGAGCCUGCUCACUUUGGGAACAGUUAUCUCAAAGCUAUCAGAAAAUAAAGAAAAAGACGGAAAGGGCGGAGACAAGGAUGGCAAGCAUCUGCCUUACAGAGAUAGCAAGCUAACCAGAUUGUUGCAAGGCGCGCUCUCUGGAAAUUCGCUUGUGAGCAUUCUUUGCACCAUUCAAACUGGUGCCGCUGGAAGUACGGCUUCAGCAAAUAGCCAUGCAACCGAAACCCUUAACACCCUGAAAUUUGCUUCCCGGGCGAAGAAUAGCAUAGUGAGCCACGCUAAACGAGCUGAGGAAGCCCUGGGUGCCGGUGGUGAAGGUGGCGCGAGAGUGCUUCUCGAGCGUUACCGAAUGGAGAUUCUCGAAUUGAAGCAACAGCUUGACACCCAAGCCAAGGCUAAUAAUGCCAAGGCUGAAGAAGAAGAGAAUGAGAAAGACGCAGAAGAGGAGCUCGCACGAGAGAAGGAAGCGGAAGCAAGGCAUGAAGAACAGAUUCUAGAAAUGCAGCUAGCGCGCACGGCUCUAAAGGAACGAAUCGACCAUUUGAACAGGCUGAUUCUGAGUUCAAAAUCAAUAGGCGUUAAUUCCAAUGGGACCUACAGUGCAUUAGGGGUACACAAUCGUUUCUCGCAAAGCUCAAUUCGCACCUCACUGACGACACCGAAUGGUCUCGAAAGAACCGCAUCGAGAGGCUCGUCAGCGUCGACAAUUGGGCGUAGGUCAAUAGGCGCACGGCAUUCUAGCGGCGAGGAAGGGACUAUGAACGAAGAGGAGGAUCAUGCGGGCGAAUAUGGUGACGGUAUGGCUUCGUUGCAAGCUCAAAAUCAAUCUCUGCAAGCCGACCUUACCGACAAAAAUCGAUACAUUGCAACUUUGGAGAAGAGGCUUCUCCAAGCUCGCCGAGCAAGCUCUUCGCGGACGUCGGCAGGCUUCUCCACUCCGAACAAGGGUAUCAUGGUUGGCGAGGAUCAUAGUGUGUCCGCACUCAUCAAAGAAAAAGAUGCCGAAAUCGCGGAGCUUCGGGCAAGGUUGGACGACAAGGACAGAAUGUUGACAGCACUUCGUAGCGCAGCUCGCUCGAGGGAUGUUGCUGAAGGACUCGAUAACCAGAGGAGUGAAACGCGCUCCUCGCUUCUCCUAGAGUCUGUCAGUCCCCCGCCGCAGGAUGCUCUACCAGAUCCUCCUGUUGCCAAGGCCAAGAGGUACUCGCCCAUACGGAAACGAAGUGUGGAUGAAAUGAGUAAAAUGUUAGAUGAAAUGAUUCAAGACCGUGUCGAAUCCGGCCAGCUUGUUAGGGGCGUUCGUGGCAGCGUUCGUCUUGCCCAAGAUCGCAAAUCGGCAGGUAUUACGGACCUCAGCCAUCCCGGUCUCGAGCUACCGCGAGCCGACCGCACGGCAGGAGAAGACCAUCCAUCGACGUGAGAAGUAUAAAAACUUUUUUUUUGAAAUCGGCUUCGAUGAUGAUUAGAGCAGCUGUUCCAUCUCUUUCAAUUUUUGGUAGCAGGCCGGCGUUCGGGUCCAUACUCUUUCUAUUUUGCCUCUACUUAUAAUAUACCCCUUAUCAUUUCCCUUUAUAUCUGUUUGCUACGAUCUUGGCUGGCUCCGUGGAAUGCGAAUGUUCUGAAUGAGGAAACAAAAAGGAGAACUGGUAGUUGCUCGAUUCUGUUUGAUUGUAUUGACAUCCCGCGGGGACCACAAUUUGCCUAUGUGUUAUUUAGCAGUUUAUAUUUCCAAAUGCCAUGGAAGGAGAGGGGACCACGGGGUGACGGAAACUUGUAAUUGGUCUUUUGGAAGGUCCGGUUAUGGGAGAACGGAAGAGGGCAGCAUUUUCUCCUUUUUUUAUCACUUCUCUACGCAGAUUCAUUUAAAACUGGUAGAAAAGUGAAGCUCGUUUUCGUUUUUCAUCCACCAUUCAUCUUGUAUAUUAUUUCGAGCGUAUUACUGUAAUAUUCGUGCUAGCUGGCUGUGCUUGCCUGCCUGUCUGUCUGUGUGUGUGAUUUGCUUUUCUUGGUGCGAGGAUCUGUAGGUAGGUGGUAGAUGAAGUUGGGAAGAUGGGGAAAGAAAGAAGACGAAAGACGAAGAAAAAAGUAAUGAACGGGGUCAA